AGAUGUGUGUGGGGAGCGAUCCAACAACCAUGUCGCGAGAGAAGAUCAAUUAUUCUUUCUCGCGAAGGAUACAAGAAGGAGCCUCUUUGUAUCUUCCACAUGGAAGAUGUAGAAUAAGCUCUCUCCAACCCCACAGAAAAAGGGACACAAUUCACCGUCCUUUUGAUUCGAAACUUCCUCAAAAGGCUUCGGGUCGCACCGUCGCAGCUUCCACCAAGUUCCAGUCUCCGAAAUUCGAAAUGCUUGUGUACGUAUAAAUAUAUGUGGAGUAGCCGUGGACGAUCAUCGGAGCAGGUUUUAGUGAACGGAUCACACUGCAGUGACCUCCGUUGGCAAAGAUGGUUCAAAACACCGACGAGCGUCAAGCCUCACCACCAUCCACCACCGGAUCCUCUUGCCUCUCUUUGCUCAGCUUCGGUUUCCUCACCGCCAACACCGUCUUCUCUGCCUAUCGUGCCCGGCAUGACCCAUGGACCGUGGCAUUUGUGCUCUUCGCCUACCUGGACCUCGUGGCCCUUUUCGGCUGCCUCCGGGCCAUUGAGAAACAGAGGGCUGAGCACGGCACGGUCGAGAUGAACGGAAGUUUGAAGGUGGCGGUUUGGGUGCUCGCCAACGCACUUAAUGUGGCAUUUGCUUACCGUGUCGCUCAGAUGAUGCCUCUGGCUUUGUACAUCGUCGUCUGGGGUAUGUCUGGGUUCACUAUUGUAAUUACCUUUUAUGGUCUAUUCGUGUAUCGAGAACCAGAGAAUCUGAAGAGCAAUGAUGCCAAGGGGGUUCCUUUCCCGGAGCUCUCCCCUGAGGAGAAGGUGUAGGCCUUGUACCAUUGUUCUCCAGCUCUACCACUGUCGUUAAUAUCUGCCGCGGUGAUUCUUCUUAUUAGCAAUUAAAGAUGGGCAUCAAUUAUAGCAGAUAUCUUCCAUUUGUGUGCAACCUGGUUUGUAGCAUGCUCAUUGCUGUCUCGGGAUGCAAUGGGAACGCAUGGUAUAUUAGGCUCGUGCGUGAUAUAAGAUUUGUGCAUCUGUACCUUGGUUGAAGGACGUUAAAAACUCCUUCUGCCUCUUCAUUUAAAGUCAUAUAUGUUCAUUUCAAAGUUCUAACUUGUAAUGAUACUCGUUACCAGCUAAGCUCGAGGCCCCCCGGGAAAAAGAGGUAAAAGAAAACAGAGAACUGAAGAAGUAGAGCGGUGAUAAAGACCACCUAUAUAACUUCUCUUGACAAGGCUAUCGUACUUCGGCAUCUCCACCGCCCGUGCUCGAUCAGUCCGGACUUUCUUGUAGGUCUGGAAAAAUUAUUAGAUGGAGUAGGUCCAAUUGAACAAUCUAAAUCCGAGCAUUUAUACGGUGGAUAACAGCCAAAUGAACUGUUGGACUGGAUCUUGAGGUGUAAUGUGGCAAGUGGCAAUUGGCUUGGUCCACUGGACCUGAUACAUCUAAUAAUGACGCCUCAAACAGCACCAAGAGACCCAACCAGGCGAAGAGCACAAAUACAUGGUCCAUGCCAGGCUCGAUUGGCGGAGGCGACGGUGUUGGUGGUGAGGAAACCGAAGCCGAGCAAACAGAGGCAAAAGGAUCUGGAAGUGGAUGAUGGUGAGGCUUGAUGCCUGUCGGUGUUUUGAACCAUCUGAAAAAAUGGUCUCUG